GUUGCAAAGGCGAAAAUCCGGACCUUGUUGUUGUGAGGCUCAGCUGAUGGCCCGCCGGUGAUGCCCUGCUACCGUGAAUUACAGUGACGCAGAUCCUACAGUUGUUAUGAGGAAGAUUCCGCGCGCCGGCCGCCUGGGUGAGUACCUCCACAAGGGCAUUGUACUGGCCUGUGCGGGGGUGACUCUCUUCGCCACUAUGGACCUUGGGCUGCGGGUCUACAACUAUUACUCAGUCGUCAAGCCCCAGCGCAACAGGGAGGAGGCACUCAGGGACGCCGAGGAGAAGGCCAGAGCUGCUGAGGUCGACAUGACUGAUACUGCAUUGCCCCUCAAGGCCUAGACACGUUACAUUCAUCCUUCAGUAAUUCAUUUUUUGGAACUUUUUUUUCUGCCACAUUUAACACAAACUGAAAAGUGGUGUCUUUCUUUACUGGAUUCAGGACUAUAAUUUACCUCAUUACUACAAGAACUGGAACUUGUGGAACUUGUGACACUACUGCUGUGAGCUCUCUUAAACACAAGUGACUUCUUUGCACGAAACCCAAUAAACAAACACAAUGCUGCGGUCCAUGUCCUGUGUUGCCCGCCUGGCUGCUGGCGUGGUGGGCCGCCGCUGGGUGGGUCAGAGUGCAGUGCUGUGCCAAGCACCCCCAAAGGUCCCCCCGGCACUCUGGAAGCUCGGCAGACUGAACCAUGUGGCCAUAGCAACCCCGGACCUUGAGAAGAGCACAGCCCUCUACAGGGACGUGAUGGGGGCAGAGGUGAGUGGCGUGGAGGCCCUGCCCGAGCAUGGCGUCUACACGGUGUUCGUCAAGCUGGACAACACCAAGCUGGAGCUGCUGCAUCCGCUGGGGGACAACAGCCCCAUACAGAAUUUCCUGGACAAGAACAAGAAUGGAGGGAUGCACCACAUCUGCAUUGAGGUGAAUGACAUCCGGGCAGCCAUGAGUGACCUACAGGCCCAGAAGAUUCGGUGUCUGAGCAAGGAGCCAAAGAUCGGGGCGCACGGCAAGCCGGUGGUGUUCCUGCACCCCAAGGACUGUGCCGGGGUGCUGGUGGAGCUGGAGGAGGUGUGAGGUUGGUUGCUGCCGCUGCCCUUGGCCCAGUGAUGUGAAUGAAUACAUAGAUAUAUUUUUUAUUUGAAUUUCUUUUUAUGUAGACAUGUUUCUUGUAUCAACAGAUAAAUCAAGAAAGGUAAUACUAAUGCAAAACUUUAAAUUAAACUCAAAUGAUAAAGUAAAUUGGGGAAAGCAAAUAACACAACAAAAAUAUUGAUAAACUAGAACAUGGCAAAGUAAACCAGGUAAAUCUAGUAACAAAAUAGAUGUCAACUAAAAUAAGAAAGUAAAAAUAUAUGUACUUACUCUUUCUCCGUCAAUAAUGUCCUAACUGGCUGUUGUAGUUAAAAUGUAGAAGGGUUUUAAACUGCAAUAGUAUUACAACUAUAUGUUUUUGCACUGUUUCUUUUCAUUGUGGUGCGAUAAUAGAACACAGGCGCUUUUCACACUGAAGUGCAUAUCUCAUAGACUUAGUAUUGUGUUCAUGGAGUGCUGAAGAUGUAAAAAGAUGCCGAGAUAAAAUACAAAAUCUGCAAAGUUAUGUCUUCAGUUUCUCACGAAGUUUUUGUUUCAUAGGUCACAGCGUAUUGAAGUUUGUGCUACAUAGGUCAUGGAGUAUUUAAGCUUUCAUUAGCAGAUGGUGAAUAGUUUGAGGAAGGUCAAGCCAUAUGUCUGAGUCUAGCUUUUUUGUGAUUCUUUGGGACUGUGAAAUGUCAAAGGUCUUGCAUCUGAUCUUGAUAUGAUUGACACCUCUCAUAAUGUAAAUAAAACAUAAACUGA